AAACCCCAGACUCCCGAGCUGUGGGGCUGAGAGCAGCCGAGAAUGCGCGUGGGAGCCCAGCCACCCAGGGCGCCGGGCUCGGCCUUCCUGCUCCUGGGGCUCGCGCUGGGCGCUGCGGCCCAGCUCAGCUGUGUUGGGGACACCUACCCCAGUGGCAGCAGGUGCUGUAAGGAGUGCCAGCCAGGUUAUGGGAUGGAGAGCCGCUGCACCCAAGCCCAGGACACGGUGUGCCGUCCGUGUGAGCCCGGCUUCUACAACGAGGCGGUCAACUACGAGGCCUGCAAGCCCUGCACACAGUGCAACCAGAGAAGUGGGAGCGAGCCCAAGCAGAGAUGCACACCCACGAGAGACACGGUCUGCGGCUGCAGGCCGGGCACCCAGCCCCAGGACGGCUAUGGCUACAAGCGUGGAGUUGACUGUGCCCCGUGCCCACCAGGACACUUCUCCCCGGGCAACGACCAGGCCUGCCAGCCCUGGACCAACUGCACCUCAUUAGGAAAGCGAACACUGCAGGCGGCCAGCAACAGCUCGGACGCUGUCUGUGAGGACAGGAGCCCCCGACUCACACCAGCCUGGGAGACCCAGGGCCCCGCAGCCCGGUCCACCCCCGUUCAGCCCACCACCACCUGGCCGAGGGCCUCACAGGGGCCCUCCACGCCCCACGCAGAGCCCCCCAAGGGCCCUGAGCUGGCCGCUGUCCUGGGCCUGGGCCUGGGCCUGGGCCUGCUCGGCCCCGUGGCUGCUGCGCUGGCCUUGCUCCUGCACCACAGGGCCUGGAGGCCGACGCCCAACGCCCCCAAGCCCCCCGGGGCAAACAGCUUCCGGACCCCCAUCCAAGAGGAGCAUGCCGAUGCCAACUCCAGCCUGGCCAAGAUCUGAGCAAUGUCCGCUGGCGUAGGAGCCGGUGCCCCUCCCCAGGCUGGGGCCCCCAGACGCAGGCCGUCCCACCCCGUCACCCCCAGACCCUGGCGCCCUGUCCCCCCGCCCUGUGCCGUUUUAGGCGCUCCUGGGCUGGCAUCCUGGGCCCUGCUAUGUAUGCUGUGCGUACUCCCCACCCAGGGUGGCCCCAAUAAACGACGUUGGCA